GAGAUUCCUCUUGCUGUCUAGUACAGCACUAAAAACUGUCAGUGAGGUUAGAGGGAGGUAAGAAUUUCUCAAAUCGGCGACUGUCGUUUAAACAGCGCUGUGAAUGUCUAAACCUGUGCUUUUGUGUAAUUACAAACGCAACGUGUGACGCUGAGAGGAAAAACGGCAGCGUCCUCGUCCAGACUGCACACAGGCCAGCAGUCUCUGAACAAGAUCAAACAGAGCUGUAACACAACGAGCAAAUGGCGUUGAAAAGAAUCCAGAAGGAACUGACAGACCUUCAGAGAGAUCCCCCAGCCCAAUGUUCAGCAGGUCCGGUCGGAGAGGACUUGUUUCACUGGCAGGCAACAAUAAUGGGGCCGAAUGACAGUCCAUAUCAAGGAGGGGUUUUCUUCCUUACAAUUCAUUUCCCAACAGACUACCCCUUUAAACCACCAAAGGUUGCAUUCACAACAAAAAUCUACCACCCCAAUAUUAACAGUAACGGCAGUAUUUGUCUGGACAUCCUGCGAUCUCAGUGGUCACCUGCACUUACUGUAUCCAAAGUCUUGUUGUCCAUCUGCUCCCUGUUAUGUGACCCGAACCCAGAUGACCCGCUGGUACCUGAGAUCGCACAUACAUAUAAAGCAGACAGAGAAAAGUACAACAGACUCGCGAGAGAAUGGACGCAAAAGUACGCCAUGUGAGAGUGCCUGCGACUAAAACACUACAGAAUCAAACGGACAGAGAAACGCGUUUUUACUUUGAGCAAGAGGAGUCAAAAGAAGUGUAUGUUGAUGGGAGGGGACAUCUAAACACCAGACCCUUGGAAGGAAAGCAGAAGGCGGAGGUUUGGAGGUGAGAGCCGCUGGUACAUGUGCCGUUCUCCCUGAUCCGCCGCCACAACGGCUUAGCCUGGAAAACUCCAGGAAAACUGUAAAACCGGACAAACCUCGGGAACCACAACCCAGGAAGUUAGACUUGUACUACUGUUAGUUCUGUUAUUACUGACUUAGUGAUUUUCUCAGUGUUGCUCUCUCACUCUUGCCAUCACUGAAUGAGGAAACGUCGGGCUGAUGUUGGAAUUGCGGCGAUACAGGAUUGAUCAUGUCUGAGCUGUCGCACCGUCCCGUCGGAGUCCCUUUGGAAACCAUAUAUGUGUGUGUGUGCACUCAUGCACAUGACAUUUUUAACAGUGGUAGAAUGUAAAAAAAUUGGAUGUCAGACCUUACUGUAGUCUCCAACUUCCUGCCGUUUCAGUGUUAUCCUAUAAAACACUAUGAAUGUGAUUAGGAAGAGGUUGUGUCCUGAUGAGAUAAUGGGAUUUGAUUUUUGAACAAAUGGAGGUCAUACGUAGUCAAGUGAGUCUAUAUCUUUGUGCUAUAAAAAAGAAAAAGAAAAAAACGUAACACCAAGUCCUAACCAGACGCGAUGCAAAGAGAUUCCAUAUACCCUCAUUCACUGUUCCCUAGCUUACUUCACUAACUUACAUGAGUGAAUGAAAACAAGUGUGUGAACUUGGACACUGAGUACACCAGAAGAGCUGCAGGAAUUCAUUUAGUUUGACCCUCACGUGUUUUUUAGCAUGUGAGUGUACAUUGGUUGUACACUAGACAUGAGUGCACUCGAUAAUGUCCACUUCGGUCACCACUACAAAUGUCAGCUUCCUCAAAUAGUGACCUUUUAAGGGUAUGGGGUGAAUUUGUCUGUCAACAGCGGGCGUGACAAGACACAAAAUGCAACAAAAGCGAUCACAUUUCACAGCCAAUCAGAGCGCUCUCUCGCUAUGAAAUGGAUAAAUAUGUAAUUUCAUCACAUUUAACUUAUAUACUCAGUGACUGAUACAAUUAUGUUGUGAAAUACACACAGAGUUCACAGUUUGAUAUUUCUUGUUUAUUUCAAGGUGUAAAUUAUCCAUUGUUUCUUUCAUUAUGACUUUAAAUACAUACAAAAAUGAAACGCAAAUGAAACUUUUAAUGUUGUACAAAACGCAUACAUGCCUGAGAUAAGUCUGAUCGUUGUCAGCCAUGAGGUAGCAGACAUUGAAAAAGAAAUGUGUUUUUAAAAUUAAAAUCACCCUUCACUCGUCUAUUGCUGUUGAUUAGGACAAAAGCAAAAUGGAAAAGCAAACCUUUUAUCUUGUGGCGUGUUGCAUUGCGUCUCAUUAGGACACAGAGUUAUUAUUUUUUUUAUUGGGUUAUAAUCAUAUCUCCUUUUGACAUAUUGUUUAUUAAACCUUGAGUGAUGAUUUCAGAAUUAAGCUGGCCGUUCCCACAGGACAUGCUCUUGUUUUCUAUUUGUGCUGUAUUUUUAAUGUUGCUCUAUGUAAACAUGUUAGAUGGAUAUCUUUUUUCAAACACUAUUUUGUUCAUUGUUUGAGGCACAGUGAAAUGGUGUCGAUUUUUAAAAGAAUGGACCAAUCAGAUUAAUCUGGGGGCACGUUAACCACAUAUGGACAAACACAUGUAUAUGGAAAGCUCUGUCAACCUGUUUUUAAUGCAAAAAUGUGUCUUGUGCGAAUGGCCACUAAAUUUUAUUGACCUCAGCCGCAUGUGCAUGAUAUGGCAGAUGUGUAAGUAUUUGUUUUGAUGAGUGUUGUGAAGUUGCUUUAGGAAUCAAAUAUACUUGUCUUAAAAAUUCACCCAAUUUGCUUGCAGAACAAAAAAAGAGGGAAAAUGCUGAACAGUGGGACUGUGUGUAAAAAAAGAAAAGAAAUGCCACCAUUUCUGCCAAAUGUGAUUAUGCCCCUUUCAGAUUUGCAGGCAAUGGGCACGUCAUAGCGUAUGAAUGCAAUAUUUUUUGGCUAUUUAGUAUUUAUCUCUUCUACAAAUCUGCAAAAGUGUAAUCCUCAAUAAUCUUUAGAUACUCUUGUUCCUGUAGUCACUAAUAUUACUAACUUUUGACAGAGUAGAUGGUAUGUUUGAUGUAUGACCAGCACAGGUGUUGGAUUUAAUUUUACUGUAAAUUAUUUUUUGUAAACACACUCAUUAACUCAUGGCUGCCUAUUUAGAGGUGGAUGAUCAAGAUGUUUACACAGAGCAGAAUGAAAAAAAAAAUCUUCACUUGUCUGAACUGGAGCUUGGUAGGGUUGGGAAGCCUUUCCACUGGGAAAGAAAGUGUGAACAUCAUCUCACUCUCACCUCCUGGUGCUGCUCUUCACAAGCUCAUGGCUCAAGACUCCCUGAAAAGGGCUAAAUAUUGCCACAAUUAUAUUAAGCAUCAUAUAUGUGUUCUGUCACCAAGAGAACUGACAUUGGUGUCAGGUAUAGCUUUGGAUGAUCCAAAAAUUUUUGAAACUGCAGUAUAGUUUACAACAAAAUGUGAAUUCUGAAAUAAUUUAAUAAUUUUUCCAAACAGAAUGGAUGACUUUCCACUGAGAAACACAAAAAGAGAAACUUUGAAGUAUGUUCAAACUGCUUUUUUCAUACAUUUACAUUUAGUAAUUUAGCAUUCAGUUAGACAAGCUGAGAUGCUAGCAGCUACGUACCUUUUGGAUCAUCAGGAUGGAAUGAAAGGUAGAGUUGAGUGUCAUCAGCACAGCAGUGAUAUGAAAAGCCUUGAUUUUGUGUGACAAACCCAAGGGAUGCCAUGUAAACGGAGAAUAGAAGUGGUCCAAGAAUAGAGCCCUGAGGUGCCCCAGUCCUUAGAUGUUGCCACUUAGAUACCUCACCUCUCCAUGAUACCUACAAUGAAAGCAGAUGGGGACCAUGAAUUUCAAGCUCCAAAUCAAAAGUUUGCCAUUUGUUUCCAACUAAAAUUGUAGUAGUUAUUUAUUGGAAAUCUUUGCAAUUGAUGCUUGACUGCUGUAGUCACCAUUUCUCUUUAAAUGUAUGGAAAAGAGCAGUAUGAACAAACUUCAAAAGUUCUCCUUUUGUGUUAUACAGAAAAAGGUCAUAAGUUGGAUUUGGAAAACGUGAUGAUGUGUAAAUGAUGAUAGAUUUUUCUUUUUAAUUGAAGUGAAUGUAAAAUUUUAUGUGAACUUCUAACUUUGAUUCAAAGACCAAUGGUAUCGUCUUUGUAUCAUUCAUUUUUUUCACUACUAAAUGUGGCUCACUGGUUUUGCAUCUGGAAGUAGAAUGUUACAUUUAAGUUAUUUAUUUAUUUGCUAUUUAUUUGUCGUCUUCCAGUCAUCAGCUCAAAUGCAGUCAGCCUGAAAUUACGAGUUGCUUCUUUCUGAUGCUUCAUCUGAAGCAGCCGGUCGAGUUGCAGCCCUUGAAAUUGUGCUAAGGCAGUAUAGCAUGCUUUGCACUCUGGUAGUCUACAAACCUUUUUCCGCAGCUAUUUGCAAGAUAUCAGGGAUCUUUUUUCCAUUCUCUCACCUCCCUCAAGACCCUCAAUAAAAUCUUAGCCUUAACCAUCAAUGUAUAAGCAACUGUACUGUACUGUUUAUUUUCACUGAUGAUUGGUACUGUACUACUUUGUGUAUCAUGUACACACGUACACAGAGCCAUAAUGACCUCUCCUUGCUAACUGUUUGUGUUAGAAAACCCUGUCAUCUAACCAGCUUUCUCCUCAGACUCGGUACAGCUGAGAUUAACCUCCAAGGUGUCAACUUUAGUGAAUAAAUCUCCUUUUGUUUAA